AUGGCAUCUGCAAUUGGCAAAGAUAUUAAUGUUACAGCAGCUAAAUUACAUAAUGAUAUUGCAAAAUUAAAUAAACAAAUAGCACUUCUUCAACGGCAUGUUAGAGAAAAUAAAAGUAAUAAUAAACAAGCAGAUGAACAUCCCUCAAAUGUGGUAGUGAUGUUACAAUCUAAAUUAGCAAAUGCAAGUAUGAUCUUUAAGGAUGUAUUGGAAAUGAGAACUCAA